CUGCUCCCGGCGCCGCCGCCGUGUCGGCCCAGCGUGGGCUGGCGGUGGAGCUGCAGUCAUGGAGCCGGAGCGUGAGUGCCGGGUGCUGUCCAUCCAGAGCCACGUCGUACGCGGCUACGUGGGUAACAAGGCGGCCACCUUUCCCCUGCAGGUUUUGGGAUUCGAAGUUGACACAGUGAACUCUGUCCAGUUUUCAAACCACACAGGUUAUGCCCACUGGAAGGGUCAGGUGUUAAAUUCUGAUGAACUUCAUGAACUGUAUGAAGGACUUAAGCUGAACAAGGUCAACCAAUAUGAUUAUGUACUCACAGGAUAUACAAGAGACACAUCAUUUCUUGCAAUGGUGGUGGAUAUCGUGCAAGAGUUGAAGCAACAGAAUUCUAACCUAGUAUAUGUGUGUGAUCCAGUGAUGGGAGACAAAUGGAAUGGAGAAGGCUCCAUGUAUGUGCCUAAGGAUCUCCUCCCAGUCUAUAGGGACAAAGUUGUACCCGUUGCUGAUAUAAUUACUCCUAACCAGUUUGAGGCUGAGUUACUUACUGGGAGGAAGAUUUACACAGAAAAAGAUGCUUUAGAGGUAAUGGAUAUGCUCCAUGCCAUGGGACCAGAGACUGUGGUGAUAACCAGCUCAGAUCUACAGGCAUCGCUAGGAAACGACUACCUGAUUGCUCUGGGAAGCUACAGGAAAACUAAUGCAGAUGGUACCAAGAUAACACAGAGAAUUCGAGUGGAAUCUCCUAAAGUGGAUGCUGUCUUUGUUGGAACAGGAGACUUGUUUGCUGCUAUGCUUUUGGCAUGGACACAUAAACAUCCAAACAAUUUGAAGGUGGCAUGUGAAAAGACUGUGUCAGCCAUGCAACACGUUCUGCAGAGGACCAUUAAGAGUGCAAAAGAUUUUCUCCUGAGAAGUUUCAUGGGAAGACAACUGCUGAUACCUGCACCACUGCUCUUGCAUGCCUUGUACUUGUAUAUGCAGGACCUCCCCAUGAUGCGCUCCUUAUUGCUGCAAAGAGCAUGCGAGACUAUUUAGUUGGAAACAACUGUUUCUGCACGUCAGAACAAGUGCUUCUGUCAGCACUCUACAUUGUGUAUGCUGUGCCAGUUUGCAGGAGGAGGAGAGCAGGUAUCCACGUUAUGGAGAGCACUGCUUAUUGGAGAAGAUUCUUAUGCUGACUGGAAAAGUUAGGCUUAUAUCACAGGCAGCCACUUCUCCUGACUGACUCUGCCCACUAGAAGUUGAGACAUGAAUGUUACAGAUUUUAGUGACUGAAUCCAAAGUAUUUCUCCAUAAACUGAAGAAAAACAACCCGUUAUUUUUUAUAUCACAAUUCAUCCUUGAUUAGACAUUCAACUAUUAGAGUCCCAAGAGAAAUUACUUGGAGAAUAGCUGUCCUUUUUGAAAGAUGUGCUUUUGAUGAUUGAAAGCCUGCUGCUGAGCAGUUUUGUAGCCUGCUGGCAUUCUAAACAUAUCAAUUAAACACAUGUAAACCGUGGAAAGUAAGCUUUGACAUGUUCAAUCGCAAGCCUGAAAACAGCUCUACUCUUCCAAGGAAGUGAGUAGAAUAGAAUUUAUGUCUGUAUGCAGGAGCAGACUGAAGUUAAAUCUACAAGAUUCGAUCAGGAACUUGGAGUGAUCCCUAAACUGCCAGGAAGGGUGCUGAGUGCAGGAUGCUAGGUAGCUGUACAUGUCUUUUUAGGAGAGCCCAAGCUAGUUUUCUCAUUUUCCAGGAAGGAAAAGGAUGUGGAUUAGUUUUCAGUAGCCUAGGAAUGCUCCUGUCAGCUUCACCAGUACCAGGUGACAAUCCCAACACCACCAGCCGACCGUGUGGUGCUUGCUGCUCCAGCAACAGCAGAUCUCGAGGCAAAUGGGAUGCUCCCAAGUAUGUUCCUAAAUUAGCAUUCCCGAAUUAGUGCCUCGACAAUGCAAAUAAAAGUAAUAAAUACACCUUUUGCAGACUAGUGAAUAAGGCAGCACAUAAUUAAGACAGAGAAUACCAGCAAUAUGAGAAGGCUGAGCCAUAUGUUACCACUGAAAUCAUGUAUAUUCAUUACCUAUUGCCCUUGUGGUUGCAUUGCUAUUUAGAAAAGUCAGUGUGUAGAAGAGUGUAAUACAUGUAUUCUGUGUGUAUGUGUGCGUGUGUGUACGUUGAGUCUUUAUUUGCAAUGUGGUGGGGGUGGGAAACAAAAUUUGGGGGCUGGCAGUGCAGGCCUUCAGGGUGUACGUAGAAAGUCUUAAAGAAUUAUAUUUUUAUAGAUAGUGACAAAGCUUUGGGUCCCAGCCACACCUAGACUUUUCUUCUUGGAGAGUAAGAUGGUAUGGAAGUAGAGUCAGGUGGCUGUAAUAAGGUAGGGACAGUACAACCCCACCAGCCCUGGACAAACUAAAAUAACUUAAAUAAAAGAUGCCUUUUUAAGUAAUAUUUUUUUAGUGCUGAAUUGUUAAACAAAUAUUUAUGAGCAAACUUUCUAUGUACUUCAAGUUUGUGUGGUGCUUCGUACUGACUAGGUGGACCUGUUCUAUGUUUACACAUCUCAAUGAUUGUCUUUGAGACCUAUGUAGUAACUCCAUGAAUUUUAUGCCAGAAAAGCAACAACGUUCUGUGUAAUAGCAAAUGAUUUAAUUUCUUAUGAAAUUGUAGGCUUUUUGUAGUGUUUGUGUGUUUUCUGGUUGUUGGUUAUGAGUUAUAUUCUUUCUGCAGUAAGGCUUGUAUGCUUGAUUGUAGAGAGAGGCAAUAGGAUGGUAGACACCAUUGUAUAAAAAGAAAACCCUAAAUAUUGCUACCUUAUCCAUGACAAAAUCAGGUAAGUGGUGACCUAGAAUUUAGAUUUUGCAAUGAAAUAAAAUACCAAAUGCAUCUGGGGCAGAAUAAAGAUAGGUGAAGGAUUGAUUUAUUUAAUGUAAUAGGACUGGGGGAUCUCAAUGGUCCUUAAUAGCACUGUGUAAGCAAACAAGCCUAGAGACUGGAUCGGCACUUGCUGGCCAAGCUAACUUCAUUGUUUGCAGUGAAUGAGUGCAACAGAGAGAUGAGUGGGCUAAGUGGGAGAAAAUGUUGGUUUUUUUUUUUCCUUCAGUCUGUCAGUUUGUGGCACUGUAAAGAAUUUAAAGAGAAUGAUCUGAAUUUAAAUUCAAUACAUGCAUUGGCUUUCAGAAGAGUUGAGUUACCAACAGCAUCCCGUUCAGGCACAAUGCAAGCUGUUGGCAUGUUUGAAAGCAAGAAAGUGAUUUUUUUUUUUUUUUUAAUCUCACUAUAGUCUUUUAUUUUUCCUUCUGGCUGGGAAAUGGGCUCAAGCCCUUCAAUCCUGAUUUCUCUUUAUUUUCUCUUGUUGUUUGGUCAUUUGGGGAUUUUAUAGGAAGUCUGAAAGGGUCUGUGGCAUAAAUCAUUUUUCAGGGCAAGGCCCUCUGCUGCAUGCUGUGCUCCUACCACAAUAAGGGUGAUCUGGAGAGACUGAGCAUCAUUCAUUAUGUCUCUUUCUGAGAAACAAGACAGUAUCCUUGCCACAUUCAUCAAUAAAUCAAUCCUGCAAAAAAGUAGGGGAGAAUCUGUCGGUUUUUUCUGUCAUGAUUUUCCAAGUUCUGGAUGUGUUAGAAGUAUUGCUGCUUCUUUGCUGGAUUAGCAAAAAAUAUAUCACUUAGGUGAAUAAUGUAUUGCUGGGGGAGAGACUCGGGAAGGGAGCAGCCACGUUUUACAUGGCUGGCUGUGCUGUGAUUUCCUCCCCUGGGGAGACACAGAGGAGUGGCCCUGAAUUGAGUGAGUGAUAAGGGCACUGAUGUAGCACAACUCCAUUCACUUUGAAGUUAAAGCACAUGACAAGCAGCGUGCUGCUGUCCUGGCUCUGGUGUAUGGCAGCAGGAUGCUCAUUCUCUCCCUUCUAAGAACCUUGUUUCGCCAUGAGGUUUCCCUAGUCUUCCUCUGCAGUUCAUGAAGAGAAAGAGACACUACGAGUGAGUUGUUUGGAUGAUUUAGGAAAGUUUCUUGUGCUCUGGAAAAGUACAGAAUUAUCAGCUGUUGUGCUAGAUUUCUCUUACCCAGCUCAACUACACCAUAAAAACACAUCCUAAUCUUCCUCGUCCAUCACUUGUGCUGUCCCUGGUCCUUGCCUGACCCUGCAGUGAGUGCGGUGGGGGAAACUAAACCGGUGGGGAACUCAUCCGUCCAAAAACCCUAAAGUUUUCAGCUCCUUUAGUUCCCUGAAUGUUCUCAUCCAGAGAACAGUGUGCUAACACAAGGAAGGGGUUGGGAAGAUGUGGCUAGGCAAGAGAUUGGGAGAUUGGCAUUGCUACUUUUCCUGGCAGUGAGAGGCUGGACAAGCAGAGUCUAAUUGCAGAGCUGCACUGUUAGUGUUAAUGCAAAUAAUCCUGCUCAGCUAAGUACUUGAAAGAGCAGCUAUGUAUGUAGGAAUCCAAGUUUGGUGUUCUAUCUAGCUGCAAAUCCAGCAAAAACGUUACAGUACUAACAAGAGUUACUGUGACUAUUCACAUAGUCUGUAUUAUGCUUUUGCCUAGCAAAGUAGAAAACAGCAUAUAAAAAGGCAGUUAUCCACCUAGGAAACAUAGCAGUAACAUCCAGGUGGAGAAAAUUUAAAGUCUGCUUUCACAGCCACUUGCAUGAUGUUAGGUUUGGUCACGUCUGGCUCUUUUUCUUCUCUUCCCCUCUAAGUAAGUAGUCAAAUCAAUUAGUAAGACAAGUUACCUGGGAAUAUGUGGCAUUGCUAUUUAUUUUUGCUUGCAGAUUUUUAUGUCUUAAGAUGCCAAAGGUCUCUGGUUCAAAAGGAGUUUUCGGAAGAUGCCUUGCCAAGUGAUGCAGUACAGCCCAUCGCAGGUGACUGGGAGCACAGCAUGGUGCUUGCCAUGUAGUAAAUGGCCCUGGGAUACCACUUGCAAGCAGGUGCUUCUGCGAAGCAGAUGUAUUCAUGUGCUGACAGCCACUGUGAAUACAUGCCUUGGUAGGGAAGGAAGCCAUAGGAUUUGUUGCUGGUGAUGUAGCGACAUAGGGAAGUCCUGGAAAAUUCAGUCUCAUAUGUUGAUACUAUAAAUCAUUGUCAGUGAUUGGGAUUAUUAAUGUCACAUAGCCCUUUCAGUCUUGUUUUCUUACCAGAAGAUUGGGUGUGACAUUGUGUAUGCCACUUUUAUCUGGCUGAAUGGGACAUAUGAAUCAAGAUUGUUAAAAGUGGGGGAAAAGGAUAGCUGUGAAUUUCUGUGAGAUCUACAUGAGUAGAGAACUGUUGUGUCUAAUUCAGAAAUAAUGAAAUGUUGGCCAAGUAAGUGUCAUGUCUUCAAGAAGGACUAGCAUCUGGAAGAGGGCAAUAUUUAGGGUUUUUGCCCAAAGCACAUUUAAUCCUGCGCUACUGUUUAGUGAAAAAUGCCCAAUGCAGACACCACCAGAGCCUCAUCUCGUAAAGUAAUGCUGUAAUAAAGAAUGUGGUUUUCUUGUGGAAGUCUUAACCUCUUCUUUUGAAAAUAACUGAAUAUUUUCAUGGUGUACAAG